UUGUAUACAGGCGGUUAUUCGGGCAGCUCUGACUGGGGUCCUUCAGCUGGAGGUGACAUUCAGUUGGCUAACAAGAAGCCAAUUUCUUCCCCAGCGUGUGCUCUCAAAAAUCGCAUCAUGGCACAGGCAGUGCAGAAAAUGGUUGCUAAAGUACCAACUAUGAUUGGGGCCGCUGUCACGUACUCCAAACCCCGGCUAGCAACCUUCUGGCAUUACGCUCGCGUCGAACUUGUUCCACCGACCCCAGCCGAGAUCCCAAAGGCCAUCGAGGGAGCAUCAAACCUUGUCAAGGCUUUCCAGGCUGGACGCCUCGGACAAACAACAGUGAAGGACGCUCUAAGGAACGGGCUGGUUGCCACAGAAGUGCUGAUGUGGUUUUACAUCGGCGAGUGCAUUGGGAAAGGAGGAAUUAUUGGUUAUGAUGUUUAAACAUUUGGACUGUCAGUCGUUUUUUCUUUGUCUCUUGAGCAUCAUAUGCUCUA